UUGGAACAAACCGGUAGAGACGAGAACGAAUCCACGAACCUGCCACUGAUGCCAGCGCGGAAAGCGUUUGUUAUGACAGACACCCACUCCAACAAGCAAGGCAUUGUGUCAGGCAACCAUGUCGGCUUGCUCAACCGUCUGACAUGGAUGUGGGACGCUCUACCUGUCCGAGCAAAUGACGUUGGGUGCCUCAUAUCGCCAAUCAUGUCCGUAGAAGCUUUGUACGAAAUGUUCCUGCCCCUUCUUGUUGGUUCUCCACUGCUCAUCCUUCCCGAGUCGACAGUGAAUGACCCAGAGAAGCUACUGGUCGCACUGGAGGAGCACCGAGUCACCAGUGUAGGGGCAAUACGCAGUGAAGUGUGGGAAGGUAUCUUGCAGAAGUUGCAGUCUCAGUCUGGUCACGAGCUUCACCUGGCUCAUCUUUUUCAACCAGUACCAGGGGUUGACGACAGCCUAGCCUCGCGCCUACAAAUGGUUCUACCUGACACCCAACUGACCCUGAUGCUUAGUAGCCCACAUGCAUACUCGGCUGUGUUGUACACACAAUACCGGCAAGUGAAUCAGCCAAACGGUGACAGUAUUCCAAGUCUAGGUCUUGUUCACAAGACAACAGCGCACAUAUUGGACGGGCAAGGGAGGUGCCUUGGAUCCAACCAAGUAGGUGAACUGUUCAUCUCUGCACCGGGUCUGCUGAACACAGAUAAAGUAGUGACGGGUCAGGAUGGAGGGCCGAGGACUGGUGAAGAUGUGGUCGGGACAGGGCUUCAGGCGUGGUGGAGAGAGGACGGGACUAUCCAGCUACUGGGACAGUCAGAACUUACCAACGGGACGGUUGUGAACGAUGAGGCGCGGAUUGACAGACUGGAGUCCGCCAUUCACAGAGACUACGAGCGGUACAUACACGAAAUGAAAAGAGGGACGUCAUUCAUAAAGAAAACAGCGAGGAAUGACGAACACAGGCGGGUGGUGCGCCUACAGCUUGAUCCCUCCAACCCGACACGUGCCGCCAUUUCCUGGGGACCCUCCCGGCAGCUGCAGACGGGAUCGCUGCCUGUUCGGGAUAUCACCGGGAUCCACACAGCGGACUCCACCUUGGUCGUUGCCACCGCCAAGAGAACGUACUACUUUAAGACUACCGAUGCGAAGAAGUUAGAGCCAUGGACGGACGGGCUGCAGCAUCUCCAAGCGACAUUGCAAUGAUGGUAGACACUGAUUACAUACAAUCACUUAAACAAAACAUUCAUGAAUGUGUUUUGUCUUAUAUAUGCAUUCACAUAUGAUAAGAAAGCUUUCUUUCAUUCUAGGAAUAUCCGGUUACCUCUGUGAAAAUGGAAGCAUAUUGUUUACUCAAGAAGCUCUAUCUCCCUUUUUUGGUGGCAGAUAAAUCUUAAUGUCAGAUAAAUGUGCUAUGGAGUUGGGCCUUUAGCAGCUUGUUUUGGAACACCAGAGGCGUCUUUUUCAAAAUGUUUGAAACAGGAUAACUAAGGAAAUAGGGGACUUAUAGAAGCGGACUAGGUAGGCAGGUACUGUAGGUAGGUAAGGAAAUGAACGACGGGUUUUCAUGGAUUAUGGCAGGCAGGUAGCUUAGGAAAAAUGUACACAAUAAAAGGCAGGUAUAUUGGACAGAGAGAUGUACGCGAUUAGAUGUACAUUGAUCAUGCAAAUGAGUGUCUAAUUUGUAUUGUUAGCGAGUUCGAGGAAAUUCUGUAAUUCCUGUAUAUGUCGU